AUGCAGAGGUGGGGGUUCCUCAACCUGCGCGGCACGGCUGACGAGGAGGGCUCGAUCGACCUGGCCGAGGACCAGCUGCUCAUCGGUCGCACAAGCAAGUGCAAGAUAAGGUAUGCCGACACGACCGUCUCGUCGGUGCACGCAAAGCUCUCCUUCGCGAGAGAGACGGGCGAGGUCUGGCUGGAGGACUGCUCCGUGAACGGCACGUGGCUCGGAGCGCGGCGGAUCGGCAAGGGCAAGGUCGUCCGUCUCCACGAUGGCGAUAUCUUCUCGCUGCUGAGGAGUGACAGUGGGUCGACCCCGCCGCAGUACUCGUACUCGAUCGAGCUACUCGCCAGGAGCGGGAGUGCGGCACCAAGGCCCGCACCCAACGACGAGGAAGAAGAGCGGAUGGUGCUCGCGGUGCAGACCGCGGUCGCCGACGCCAACCGCCACUCCGAGCGAGUGCGGCAGCAGGCGGAGGCUGCGAGCCUGGCUCGCGAGGCUGCCGCAGCCGAGCAGGAGCCGCGCCGGAACCCCUUUCCACGUUAG